CUGACACACACACACGCCAACGAGACGAGUCGAGAUGUCUGCCAUGCGCCUCCUGCUGCUGUGCGUCGCCUUCAUUUGCCUCUCAGUCUUGACAUGCCAAGCCGACGUAGUCCAGCCUAACUGUCGCAACGCCUGUGUUAAAGGCUCAAAACCCAUCGGCCAUGUGUGUGGCAGCAAUGGCCGGACCUACGAGAGCCAGUGCGCAUUCUGUAUAGACAAACAUUUUUAUAAUUCUGGGAACAACGUUGUAAAAUAUGAAGACUGCUGAAUCCAGAGCGGGACACCUGGAGGUCUGCUGAUCUUCUCUCUCCUUUGCAUUUCACAAGCCCCCUUUUUGCCCCACUGCUGAAAUAAACAUUUACUUCUGGCAUGAAAUCUGA